UUCGCUAUCCCAAAAUCGUCAUUUGGAUUGGCGUACAUUGGUGUUGAUUUUAUUUAACGAAAAAUGUUCAUAAAGUCCAUUGUUUUAUGUUGUGGAUUCCUAGCUGUUACCUCAGCUUUGAAUAAUGUCUUCGUGGCUAAAACGGGAUACAAAGCCCAAGCUGACAAUGAUAACGUUCAAGACGUGGCUAAGAAACUGGAACAUCUAGAAACCAGCAAGAAGUUUGAGGAUCUUCUAGCUCGAAUGGAACAUCUCGAGGCCCGCGAGAAAUCUCGAGAAAAGACAUACUUGCGCGAGAUAAAGAAUCUAAAACGCGAACUUUUGAUUCAAACCCGACGUACUGCAUCCUUCGAAAUCAUGGUCCGAAGACUUUCCAGCAAAAGCCCUGGCAACUUAAACCAUGAAAUGGACAAAACAGAGGAAACCUCGAACGACAGAAAUGGGCGGAUCAAGUCAGCAAAAACACCAUUUCGUGAAGUGAUGCCAGCCAGUAGAAUCCGCCGUGCAGAGAACGAAAACCCCGUCGCAUUCUUUGCUACUCUCAGCCAACAUCUAACGCACAUGGGAGCGCAUCAACCAAUUACUUUUGACAAUGUGGUAACAAACAUCGGCAAUGCUUAUAAUAGUCAUUUUGGUUCCUUCAUCGCCCCUGUGUCUGGUACGUACGUCUUUUCUGCCACACUCUUCGCACUCCUGCAUAACACCUACAGUGCAGAGAUCGUCAAAAAUGGACAGACUCUAACAAGGAUGUACGUGUAUGGUUCAGAUACAGUACGUGACACAACAAGCCAAACUAUCGUUCUUGAAUUACAGAAGGGAGAUGACGUCAGCGUUCAUAACAUAAAUGUUGACAGACCGGUACAUGGCGACCACUACAGCACAUUCGCUGGUUUCCUACUCCAGGAAGAUUUCUCAAGUUCGGCCAUCGUGGGAAAAUAAAUUGCAAACACUAUGUACUGUCAAGUACUAAUUUGAUAUUGACUGUGUUUCGACAUUCACGUACAGACUAAGUAUAAGAUAAAGCAAGGUUCUAUGUCGUAAUACUACAUAAAUUAACUAACAUAUGCAUGAUGCCCAGUACCCUUACCUAAGUUACCUUAAUCACAACAUAGAAUACAUUACUCAAAUAUAGGAACAUAAAAUGCGAUUCCUUACGCUAAAGGUCAAAAGCAGCAUUUUUUCAAAUGUACAGAGAUUAUGAAUAAAAAGAUAAAAUAGCACAAAAAAGAACAGUCUUCGUGAAAAUAAUUGACAAAAUAACAGACCACGGAAUAAAAGAUUUAAAAAAAUUUAAAGGGUUGAAGUUGAAGUCUGUGUCAUUCAACCACAAGUCCAUUCUUAUUCGCAUGAUACACACGGUUAUAUUAAAAGCUUUUUUGAAAAGGAGCAUAAUUGUUUCCUCUGUAAGUUUGAUAUAUGGAGCCUCGCUUAGAAUGGUUAUUUCAUGAUGCCGAAUACAUUUGAACAGUUUGAAAGCAUUCAUUACAUAGAUCUUGAGAAACCUGCAAACAUGUAGAAGAUUAAUGUCCAGGGCCCAUAUUCAUAAAGCUCCUAAGGGAAAUUUUCCCUAAGGAACUAACUAAGGGAAAAGUUCCAAAGCAUUUUGUGGACAAUCGUCGAGAUAGUUGGCAUGUCUAACAAUAUUGUCUUGUAGAGUCUGGCAUAGUAAUGAAGAUUAUCAAUAAAUCUAAUAAAGUUUACAUUUCUCUUUCAAUAUAUAUAGAAAGAUGAUAAAACGAGAUAUUAUAGAAGUUUAACAGUAUCAUAUAAAAUGCAUCAGGGUUUGAAAAUAAGAUAUAACUUUGGUCUAGCAAAAUCAUAUCAUGUAUAUGAGAUAGCACAUGUAUCAUUAAAAGAUAAUUUGAGCCGCGCCAUGGAAAA